AUGAUCAUCUCCAAGACUGUAGUUGCUUCGGGCAUUUUGCUCGCAGGAAAUGCAGUCGCGUAUCUAAGACUCCCGCCGUUUUUACCAAAACAACAUGAAUCAGCCCGGAUCUCGGACGGACUCCAGUUCCAGAGCUUCGACUUUGGUGAUCAACGUCCAUUGGCCGGCCCCAAGACGGCAACAGCAUCCUCAUCGGCAGAUAUUCCCUCCUUUAGAGCGGGCCAGUAUACUUUGACGCCGCAAGACGAUUCCACGUGUGCUACGUAUGGCGAAUCGCAAUGGACGGGCACAAUCGACGUGACGGAUUCGCAUCGCCUUUUCUUCUGGUUCUUCGACAGCCGAAACGACCCUGUUAACGAUCCCGUCAUCAUCUGGAUGAAUGGAGGACCUGGGGCCACUUCGAUGUUCGGACUCUUCAACGAAAUGGGGGCUUGCUGGCUGGAGCCUGGCGCAAACACAACCGUGCCCAACGACUUUGCCUGGAACAAUAAUGCCUCGGUGCUGUUCCUGGACCAGCCCGCUGGCGUUGGCUUCUCCUCUCGCGCAGAGGGAUCGCCCAUCCCGUCAUUUGAUCUCGCCGGUGCAUCCGAUUUCCAAGCCUUUCUCAACAUCUUCUUCAAAGACGUCUUCCCAGACCGAGCCCGUCUGCCCAUCCAUAUCGCGGCAGAAUCGUACGGUGGACACUAUGGGCCAGUCUACCUCAAUCAUAUACUAGAGUCACGGAGGUUCAACUCCCGAGAUGCAUUCCCGGGCAACAUCACCUCUCUUAUUCUGGUAAAUGCUGUGAUUGACUAUACCGCCCCCGCUGUGGGCACAUACGAAUUCUUGUGUAAGGGAUUCGGGAAACACGACAAGAUCAUGAACGAUACCGUCUGUGAGGUGCUCGCACUCAACGUGCCUAAGCUCUUUGAGCUCGGACGAAACUGCGAUGCGAGUAAUGAUGGACAUGAAUGCCGGGGCAUGAUGACAUACGUAGAAGAAAUGGUCCAUCCCUAUUAUUACGAACAAGUCAUGGCAGGGAAAAGAAACCCGUUCAAUGUCCACAUUCCCUGCCCUGAUUGGCCUUUGUGCUCGGACAUUACAAAAGGCAACAUGACAGCCUACCUCAACCAGGACCACAUCAAAAAGGCUCUAAAGCUGCCGUCCUCCUUUGUAUUUGUAGCCGACGACAUCGACGUUGACAUGGCUUACAUCUACUCCAAAGACCCCUUCAGGCCCACGACCCGUGAAGUUGCACGUAUUCUCGACGCCUACCGCACUCCCAACCUGGGCGACAUCCGCGUGCUUGUACUACAAGGCAACGAGGACUACAGACUCAACACGCCGGGCAAUAUGUGGGCGUACGACAACCUGCGAUGGAGCGGGCUGGCGGACUAUCGGCUGGCUCCGUGGCGGGAACUGCCAGAAGGCAUGGCCGCCACGGGAUUCUGGAAGAGUUCCGGUCGAUUGGCGUUUGUGGCGGUUGACGGGGCUGGACAUACCGUUCCGGGAGAUGUGCGAGAGGGCAGUUAUAGAAUUGCGCAGGAGUGGCUUGAGGGAGGAUGGAGAGCUUGA